GGCAGGAGAGCCUGGGGGAGGGGCCAGUCUCCUCGCGUACCGCGAAGACGAUGCGCGCGCUGCCCGCUACACAGCAGAUUUUCCUGAAGAUUCCGGACUCGCUGGUGGAGGAUGAGGCAGAGGACGGUGUGUGCCGGUGAGACGAGGUUUUGGUUUCGCAAGUGAACCAGAGUGGGGCCAUUGUCUGUCGCGUCGCGUCGCGUUUCCUCGUCUGUCGCCGCCUCGAGCAGUUGGACUCGGCUGCCUAUUAAUAGACAGCUUCGCGACCGCCUACUGCCUAGCUGCUGCCGGUCAUGGGCAGCUUAUCAAAGAAGGCAAUUGGAGGAAGCAUCCACCGUAUCAGAGAAUUUGAGCUAGAGAAGGUGAGCCUGGCGGAGGAGUUCGACAUCCUGCAGAUCGUGGGCGAGGGCUGGUUCGGCAAGAUCCUGCUGGUGGAGCACCGCGCCACCGACACCGAGAUGGUGCUGAAGGCGCUGCCCAAGCCGUACACCGCGCUGCGCGACUUCUUCCGCGAGUUCCACUACGGGCUGCACCUGUCGGCGCACCGCAACAUCAUCACCACGUACGACGUCGCCUUCGAGACGGCCGGCUUCUACGUCUUCUCGCAGGAGUACGCGCCGCUCGGCGACCUCACCUCCAACGUGUCCGAGGCGGGCAUCGGCGAACUGCACACCAAGCGCGUCGCCAAGCAGCUGGCGUCGGCGUUGGACCACCUGCACGCGCGCGAGCUGGUGCACCGCGACGUCAAGCUGGACAACGUGCUGGUCUUCCGGUCGGACUUCUCGCGCGUCAAGCUCUGCGAUUUCGGCGAGACGCGUCGUGCUGGCACGCUGGUGCGCAGGCGCAACGAGUGGUUGCCGUACUCGCCGCCAGAGGUGCUGCUCACCAACACCGACGACACCUACAAGGCAGAGACGUGCCACGACGUGUGGCAGUUCGGCAUCGUGGUGUUCGUCUGCCUGACGGGGUGCCUGCCGUGGCAGAAGGCGGCGGCCGAGGACCCCCGCUACGCCCGCUACGUGCACUGGCACGGCAGCAACGGCAUGCUGCAGCCCGUGCGCAGGCCCAAGCUGUUCAAGCAGCUGUCGUCGCGCGCACAACGCCUCUUCCGGAAGCUGCUGGAGCCGCGCCUGGACAAGCGGCCGAGCGAUCUGCGUGACCUGCACCGCUUCCUGGAGGACCGCUGGCUGGGCCGCGCGCCCACCGACACCCGGCAAGGAGGUGAGGACGACGAGCUGUGCCCAUCCAUGUACAGCUUCCACAGCAGCCAGGAAGAGAAGGACAAGCUGCUUUACACACUUACUCAGUACGGCAUUGAAACAACAGUUGAUCGAUCUACCAAGAAGGACCGUAUCCGUGAUUGGAUACAGAACAGUGUGAUAGAAGAGGAGGAGGAUGAGGAAGACCUAGGUGAUGAAGAAGCUUUGCUUGCUGAAGAAGAGGAGGAAGAAAGGGCAGCAGUGAUGGAGGCACGGCGUGGCCCUCUCGAGAACGGUGUCUGCGUAUCUGGCUCUGCGAGCCGAUCUGCCAGCCACUGAUACCUGCAAAAAGUCACACCAGAUGUGUGAGGCUCCCAGGGGGAUGAUAAAAGUCUAGAAGCUGUGACACACACAGCUGCAUCUAAAUUGCUUACAGAGCUUGAAGGUGCAGUUACAUUGUGAUCCAGCACUACAAGUGGCUUCUUAAAGAGAAGUAAGAAAUCAAAUGGAACACCAUAUUGUGAGCUGAAAUGCUCAUCUCAGUAUGAAAUGCUCUACCUGGCUGUGAUGGUGAGCUUAAUCAUUAUUUGUCUCAAACAAAGUUUAUCUGAAUGGACAAUUUAUAGACUUAUUCGGCAACAAUAUCAUUAUUGUUUGAUGAUCACUAUUCUUUUCAGUGGAAAUGGAUAUGGUAUUUUGAAAACUUGUGUUACCUGGAUGAAGCAUAAUUUAUGAUAAAUGUGUACGGUUUUGCAAAUACUGCAACAGUUACAUGUAUGAGGAGGAAUAUUAUGUAUUGACUAAAGGAUAUCAGAAGAAAGUAUAAUUCCUAGUUAAGAGAGAUUUAAAGUAGAUGUCCACUCCUACCAGCGACAACCUUAAAUGGUUUAUGAUGUGGACAGAUUAUGUGCUCUUACGUAUACGAAUGGAUAUAAACUUUCGUGAACAGCUCUGACUGAAAAUCGAUAUAUAUAAUUGAGAAUGUA